CUAUGGCGGACCACGAAGACCAAACUCCACAAGGACCCGGUACGCUACUCGUGCUGGAUGGUUUACCGAUCGUCGAACAAAAUCAACGGGCUACCUUGGUCAAGUUCCUGCUCAGGAAAUUGGAUAGUCCCGGACCAACAGAUGCCAGGAAGGUAUACAUGCCAUUAGAUACACAGCAAAAAACAUUCGGUGUUGCGGUUAUACGGGUUUUAGAUGCUACACAUGCUUGUGAUAUCCUUGCUCGAUUGAACGGCAUUGAUAUAGAUAGGCAUCAUCAAAUGACUGUGGAACGUAUAGAUACUUGGGACCGGUACGAACAGAUCGAGAGCAUCACGGACGGAUUUAAGCAACAAUUGGGUCUUAUUUUCCCCGUAGAUUUGGUGACGGAGCUGUAUCCAGCGGAAGGCAUAGUGAGGACAGGUUGACUCGAAAACAACCCUUCCGACCCGGCGACUUGCUUUAAUUUUGAGACUAUACAAGCGUGCAUAAAAGUGGAAGGGCUGAAGAAGCGGUAUUUCAGAUAUAUGGUGAACUAAACAUUACGAGGCACACUUAUGCAUAAGCUGGGCAGAUAGGGUAUAGCUGAUAGCAUCAUGCCCUAGGUUGCGGUGAAAUGAAGACAUAACAUAUUUUUCACCACAGUCAAGUCAGGUCCACAAGCACGCUAUUAUUCCUGAUUGUUUGUAG